AUGGACAAUGUGAUCGCAGUAGUAGAAUCACAGGAGAAGGAGAUGGAUACAUACUCUGAUAAACUGUCCAUAGCAUUGGAUAAGCUAGAGGAUAUGGAGAACAGGGCCCGGAGAGGAAACCUGAGGAUCAGGGACCUCCCUGAAUUCAUGGAGGACUUAACCUCAUCACACUCGAUAUCUCCUCAGAUCUCCGCUGCCUCUGCCCAUACAAGCAGUGAAAAGCAGCGGGGAUCCGAGGAGAAGCUGGAGCCUGUGCCACCCCUCUUUUCCCUGCGGAGCUGCGGCUGUAGUGGCCGUCUGGCACCCGUUGCCAUGGCGCCCUGUGCUCGCCAUGGCAACAGGGGCAAGGGAGUGCAGCCAGGGCGGCCUUGGCUGCACCCGCUCUCAUCUGCUCCUGAGUGGGACAAGUUUCGUUUGUUGGCACUGGAUGCGGAGCAGCACGGGGUUUCUUGUCCAGGUCAUCUCUGGAUGAUGAACCGUAAAUUGUCGGGGCUGUACUUCUUCCUUUUCAAACUGUCGGGCUUUCCUGCCUCUACGAAAACCGUUCGCAGUCCGGCGGGCGAUGAGAGGUUUUCAGAAGGGGAGCUUGACCCCCGAUCAGCGUGCUCCGGGACCAGAGUUGUGAAAGAGGCCGCCCUUGUCACCUCAUAUUCCUCAAAAGUUACUAUGACUGCUGCAGCAGCCCCCGAAGAUGGCAAUGUGUCUGUUGUGGUUCGAGUUCGCCCCCCUAACACCCGAGAAGAAGAAGGGAAUCAGUAUCCAGUUGUACAAGUAGUGGAUCACAGCAUCCUGGUAUUUGACCCAGAUGAACCUGAGACGUUGGGUGUCUUUUCUGGUUUGAGAAGUCUCGACGGAAACAGGCGCAAAGGGAAAGACCUGAAAUUCAUCUUUGACCAUGUGUUUGGCGAGCAGAGCAGACAACAAGAAGUCUUUGAGCACACAACUAAGCCAAUUAUUGAUGGUGUAUUAAAUGGCUACAAUUGUUCUGUGUUUGCAUAUGGAGCUACUGGUGCAGGGAAGACGCACACCAUGCUUGGAAGUGCUGCUGACCCUGGGGUGAUGUAUCUAACCAUGGUAGAGCUUUACCAGCGUAUUGAAGCAAUUAAAGAAGAGAAGUCAUGUGAAGUGGUCAUCUCUUAUCUUGAGGUGUACAACGAACAGAUCCAGGAUUUGUUGGAGCCCAAAGGUUCUCUUGCAAUUAGAGAAGAUCCACAGAAGGGAGUUGUAGUUCAGGGUCUCUCUUUUCAUCAACCUAAAUCUGCAGAACAGCUACUCCAAUUGUUAGCAAAUGGGAACCUUAACCGCACUCAGCAUCCAACAGACGCCAAUGCUUCUUCAUCUCGAUCUCAUGCUGUUUUUCAGAUCUAUGUAAAACAGCAAGACCGCACAGCAAGCAUCAGUCAGGACAUGCGCGUAGCUAAGAUGUGUCUUAUUGACCUGGCUGGGUCUGAAAGAGCUUCUUCCACAAAUGCUAAAGGAGAGCGCCUCAGGGAAGGUGCCAACAUCAAUCGCUCACUUCUUGCUCUCAUAAACGUCAUUAAUGCGCUAGCUGAUGCCAAGAGCAAGAAGGCUCACAUUCCCUACAGGGACAGUAAACUGACCCGGCUAUUGAAAGACUCAAUUGGAGGAAACUGCAGGACAGUCAUGAUUGCGGCCAUCAGCCCGUCCUCUCUCAGUUAUGAUGAUACUUACAAUACACUUAAGUAUGCCAAUCGUGCCAAGGAGAUUAAACUCUCGCUGAAGAGCAACGUGAUCAACCUGGACUGUCAUAUCAGCAAAUAUGCAGCGGUGUGUGAGGAGCUGAAAUCCGAGGUGGCUGAACUUAAAGCUAAACUAUGCUUUUAUGAGAAUAAAGAGUCCACACUGGAGCAAACUGAUUAUUUACCUCUGUGUGAUAGCCUUGAGCAGAGGACAUCAUCCAGUGUCCUUCACAGCAGUGCUCAUAAUCGGAGGAGGAUCACUCGUAACUUGCUGAAAGGAGGGGGAGAGCAGACCUGCAGCCUUGCUGUGAAUCCAAGGGUUUAUCCUCAAGAUUCCAGAUGCUGGUUCUCUCCUGUCCUAGAGAGCACGACACCUGAAGCCCCUGGCGGUGGUGCCCUGUCCUUAUGUGCUCCUGUGGAACAGGAGUUUCCCAACGGAAUGGCUGAGCGGGCGCUGAUUCCCAGCGGUGGAACGCACGUGGGGGGUUUGGGGGAGGUGUUUGUGCGCUCUAGGCCUCGUUUUCGUAGCCGCCCCACGGCCAUUUCAGGACAGCAAGUGGGGGGUAAGGGCGACCACAGGGCUCUAUUGGAGGAAGAGAGCAAGCUGGCGAGCAUUGUCUCCAGGUCUAAGGGUGCAGAUUCUGUAUGUAACAGUUUUGAAAAGGAAUCCGGAGAAGAGAACAGCCUCAGUAUGUUACUUGCAUCACAGAACAAGAGCACCGAUAAGUUGAUUAGUGCUCUCCUCUGCAUUGUGCAGAAGCAAUAUACAAUUCUAAAACUAGCCAAUCUUCACACCUCAGAGAUGGAUGCUGAAAUACAAGCAGUGGAGCUGCUGGCAAUUGGAAGCCACAACACACCUGAUAUGAGUCAGGAUGGGUCAUGUUCUGAUAAGGAAGAGAAGACUGAAGUCAUUGACACCAACACCAGUAAUAGCCUGAAAGGAGAAGAUAGUCAACUGCCAUCAAUGGAAGCUACCAAGAAAAGACAGCCAAUAAAACGCUGUAGGCAAGAGAUUCUGCCAGACAUCAGCCCCACUCUUCGUAGUCCAGUCAUACCAGUGAAGAGAAGAAGGCAAGCAAACACUCCAUGUAAACCAGAAGAAGGCAUUCCUAGUACCCCAGAGCUCCAUGUCAAAAGGCCCAGAAAAUCCUCCAUUCCCAGCCGACCAAACCUGCGAUCUGCUGUGAAUCUCUUUUCUCACAAAAUCAGCGACUCUGCUCUUUCCCAUCCAUCAAAACGAUUUUCUCUAUGUACUCCCAAGAAGGUUGCAAAGACAGCACCAAACCUAAUAUCUCAGACUGUGACAAAAGUCCGAGUCCCUCUAGGGACCUCUGCUCUUCAGAACAUUGCCACCCUCCCAGCUCUGGCUGUAAAGGACAUGAAUACCACAUUUGACCUUUCAGAGGAGGCCUGGCUGAUGUCAGGAAUAGACAAAACGGUCACCUGUGGAUCCUCUGACUAUCCUGGCUGGGAAAACGUGGGUGUACCACAGAUUGACUGCACUUUCGUAAAAAGUUCUGAGGUUCCUGUAUUCACCACAAAUGGCCUUUCUGAGAGGGUUCCAAAUACUGCUUCAGUUAACACAUCUACAAAAUCCUACCCUCAUCGGAGAAGGCGUUCUAUGAGUUCAUCCUCAUCACGUGUAGGAAAUGGAACAGCCAGCCAAAGUCGAAUUGGCAGGUUACAGUUCAGCACAGCAAAAAAGCUACAGCGUCCACAGACUAUUACAGAAAACAUUUCCUGCAGCCCAAGGGGACAGAGUACCAAAAAGACAGGAAGAGUGACACUGGCAUCUGGCAGGUCUUUAGGAGGAGCUCCAGUUACUCGAAUAAUGCAGCUUGCAGCAGCCAAGUCCUGA